UUAAUUACCCACAGUAUAUGAUCCGGCAUAAAUACAUGCCGCCGGCCGGUGGACGACAUGGUGACCAUGAAGAGGAUGGCCACACAGCAGUUGGCCUCAAUAUUCCUCUUCCUCUUCCUCCUCGCAGCGGGCGAAGGCGCCGCGAGCGCUCCAUCGGCCAUCAUCUUCAAGACCUGCGCCAGAGCGUCCAACUUCUCCGCGACCACGAACGUGGGCUACGACUACUGCGUGGGCGUGCUGACGGCGGACCCAGCGGCGGUGGCCGCCCACAGCACCCGCGCGCUGGCCGUCGUCGCCACGAAGCUUGCGCUGGACAACGUCACGUCGACGGUGCUGGUGCUGGACAAUCUUGUCUACAACAUCGCGAGGUGCAUGGGCUACUACGGCGGGAUGAACUACACGGUGACGACGGCGCUAGAGGACAUCCGUGCCGGGCACGCUGAGGCGGCGGCCGGAAAAUUCUCCCGUGCCGCAGCCGAGUCCGGCAGGUGUGACUCGGCCUUGUCCAAGGGGAGCGCCAAGAAGAACCCCAUGAGGAAGGAGAACCACGACGCUGCGUCCUUGUCCUACACGGCGUACGGCAUCACCAUGGAGGCGCUGCACGCAAAACUCCUCGCCGCGCCAUCGGCGACCAUAACGAAGGCGUGCGCCGGGCUUUCAAACUUCACCACGCACGCGGACUACGACUUCUGCGUGGGCGCGCUCGCGACGGACCCGGCGGCCGGCGCUGCCAAGGAUGCCCGCGCGCUGGCCGUCGUCGCGGCGAACCUCACCGCGGCCAACGUCUCCUCGACACUGCUCGUGCUCAACGACCUCCUCGACAGCCUCUCUCAUUGCCAGAGCACCUACAAGGACAUGAGCAAGACGGUGGCGGCCGCGGCGUACUACAUCGGCACCGGGCGCGCCGGCGCGGCGUCCGACUUGCUCAAAGAAGCUGCCCGCCAGCCCGACAACUGCGACAUUCUAUUGUUCCAGGGGAGCGCCAAGAAGAACCCGAUGAUGAAGGAGAACGUCGAUGCCAUUGAACUGUCUUACUUGGCAUAUGCCAUCGCCAUGCUGGCUGGGUCUAAAAAUCAAGUUUGAUUAAUUCUUUUGUAUUCCCAUCCAGGCUGGUUUGAUCUUAUGGCUGGGCCAACUGUCUUACAACCUGUUUUGCAACAGCAGCCAUAUAAAAGGAAUUUCACUUUUCCUUCUA